AUGAAGUGUCUUUCUGACUAUUGUGAUUUUAAUUUAAAGCAAGUAGUUAAGGAUCCGACACGAAACUCCAAUAUCCUAGAUCUUAUUUUUACUAACAUGAGCUCACAUUAUAACCCCCCUGAAGUAAUUGCACCACUGUCUACCUCAGGCCAUAAUAUGGUUAUUUGGAUGGCGAAAUCACAGCAGCGCUCGGUAAACAUUGUGAAGAAAAUUAAAUUUCGUCCAACGCCAAGAUAUAACCUGCAACAAUUUGGUUCCUGUCUUGCCCAAUAUGAUUGGUCAACCGUACUAAACAUUGAGAACGUAGAUGAGAAGGUUGAGGAUUUUACCAGAGCUACUAACGAUAUGAUUAAUUACUAUUUCCCGGAGAGAACAGUUCGAAUGCACUCCGAUGAUAAAUUUUUUAUAACAACAAAAAUAAAAAAGUUACUAAGGAAGCGAGAUAACGCAUACAAACAAAGAAGAAUGCAGAAGUUUAGGAAACUUCGUAAUAGAGUAGCAUCGGAAAUUACAAAGGCAAAGAGGCACUAUUAUGUAAUGAACAUUGGAAGGCUGGAUACCAACGGGGAUGCCCGAAUGUGGUGGAAGAAGUUCUGGAAACUGACUGGAAAGAAGAAACCUUCUAUCAAUCUCAGUGAGCAGGGAUCAGACUCCAAACUCGAAGAUAGUGAUGCUGCAAAUAUGAUUAAUACGUUUUUCGCAGAUCUAACAAAUGAUUUCCCAGAAAUUUAA